AUGAAGAUUGUUCGUGACAGGAAAGCUAAGAAGAUAUGGAUGUCACAAGAGAAAUAUGUUGAACGAGUGAUUGAACGGUUCAACAUCAAAGAUGUCAAACCAGUCAGCACACCACUGGCCAACCACUUCAAGUUGACAAAGCGUGAUCAUGAAGAGGAAAUUGGCUUACUUAAAAAAUUCCUAACAAAGGAAUUUGAGAUUAAAGAUCUUGGAAACCUUAAGUACUUUCUUGGAAUGGAGAUUGCUAGGUCAAAGAAAGGGAUGCUAGGAUGCAAGCCGGCAAACACACCUAUGGACACAACUAUCAAACUGGAAGAAAGUGACGGUAGUGCACCAAGUGAUCAAGGGAGAUAUCAACGUCUUGUGGGAAAACUCAUUUAUCUUUCUCAUACAAGGCCAGACAUCGGCUUCUCUGUUAGUGUGGUCAGUCAAUUCAUGAAUAAUCCAACCGAAAAACACAUGACUGCUGUGAUCAGAAUAUUGAGGUACCUAAAAAGGACACCGGGAAAGGGUCUCUUCUUCCAAAGAACAACAAAUAGAAAAAUUGAGAUUUUUUCAGAUGCAGAUUGGGCCGGUUCAUUGACUGAUCGAAGAUCAACUUCUGGCUAUUGUUCGUUUGUUUGGGGGAACGCGGUUACAUGGCGAAGCAAGAAACAGUCAGUGGUAGCCCGUAGUAGUGCUGAGGCAGAAUUUCGUGCUAUGGCACUAGGUAUCUGUGAGGGAAUCUGGUUGAACAGGAUGUUAGAAGAAUUACGGGUUCCAUCUGAGCAUCCCAUGGUUUCAUACUGCGACAACCAAGCCACCAUCAGUAUAGCUAAGAAUCCGGUUCAUCAUGAUCGAACGAAACACGUGGAGAUAGAUCGACACUUUAUCAAGGAAAAGAUUGAAGAAUGA